ACUUACCAAGGCUAAAAUGGUAAAAUUAACAUUCGCCGAUCGCUCAUUUUCACCGACCCGACUACCUGAAUCUCUCAUCUCAUUUUCUCUCUUUCUUAUGAUCUGAAACUAAACCUCAUAUUAAUAUUGUCUAUUUAUAAUUGCCUCAUAAUAUAGAUUCAGAACAAGACAAUUCAAUGAGAGGACGUGAUUGGAUCAAUUUAAUCCUACCAGAUGAGUUAAUUAUCGAGAUUUUCAAGCGAUUGGAUUCAAAGUCAAGUCGAGACGCGUGUGCGCUCGUUUGCAACCGUUGGCUGCGUCUCGAGCGACUUAGUCGUGUCACUUUACGUAUUGGUGCUUCUGGUUGUCCUGACGCGCUUGUUCAGCUACUCGCUCGCCGAUUCGUCAAUGUUCGUAAUGUGUUUGUUGAUGAGAGAUUAUCUAUUCCUCUCCCUGUUGAACCUGGAAGAAGACGUGGCACUGAUCAUUCUGUGACUUCAUCUCUCAAUAUCCAUUCCCUGGGUGAAACAAAUGGCUUGGAAGACAAUGAAACAGAAUCUUACUGUUUGUCAGAUGCUGGGUUGGCUGCUGUUGCUGCUGGCUUCACUAAGCUUGAAAAGCUGAGCUUAAUAUGGUGCUCCAAUGUGACGCAUGUGGGGCUGAGGUCUAUAGCUGAAAAAUGCAUAUUAUUGAAGUCUUUGGAUUUACAGGGCUGUUAUGUUGGAGAUCAAGGUCUAGCAGCUGUUGGGGAGUUCUCUAAGCAACUUGAAGAGUUGAAUUUGCGGUUCUGUGAAGGCCUAGCUGACGCAGGCUUGAUUAAAUUGGUAGCUGGUUCCGGGAAAACGUUGAAAUCGAUUAGUUUGGCUGCCUGUGCAAAAGUAACUGACACCUCCUUGGAAGCUGUGGGAUCUCAUUGUAGAUCUUUGGAGUCCUUGUCGCUAGACUCAGAGUUUAUCCAUGAUAAAGGUGUACUUGCUGUUGCCCAAGGAUGCCCUCAAUUGAAGGUUCUGAAGCUACAAUGCGUCAAUGUUACAGAUGAUGGUCUGCAAGGCGUUGGCACUUGCUGUUUGUCGCUGGAGUUGUUGGCUCUUUUCAGUUUCCAAUUAUUUACAGACAAGAGUCUGUGUGCUAUUGGUAAAGGGUGCAAACGGUUGAAGUCUCUUACCUUGAAUGAUUGUACUUUCUUAAGUGACAAAGGCUUGGAAGCAGUUGCAGUUGGUUGCACUGGGCUCACGCAUCUUGAGGUUAAUGGCUGCCACAAUAUAGGGACAUAUGGACUGGAGACUAUUGCGAGAUCUUGCACGCAUCUCUCUGAGUUGGCCUUGCUAUAUUGUCAAAGAAUUGGUAAUUUUGCAUUGUCUGAGAUUGGCAGAGGAUGCAAGUUCUUGCAAGCUCUGCAUUUGGUAGAUUGUGCGAGUAUUGGGGACGAAGCCAUAUGUUCUAUAGCCAGAGGAUGCUGCAACCUCAAAAGGCUCCACAUCCGCCGAUGUUAUGAGGUUGGAAAUAAGGGAAUUAUAGCUGUUGGUGAGAACUGUAAAUUUCUUACAGACCUUAGCCUUCGAUUCUGUGAUAGAGUAGGGGAUGAAGCGCUUGUGGCUAUUGGUGAAGGUUGCUCUCUGCAUCAUUUGAAUGUCAGUGGCUGCCACCAAAUUGGGGAUGCUGGAAUAAUUGCCAUAGCAAGAGGAUGCCCUGAACUCAGUUACUUGGAUGUGAGCGUACUCCAGGAUUUGGGCGAUAUGGCCAUGAUGGAGCUAGGUGAAGGAUGUCCGUUGCUGAGGGAUAUUGUGCUGUCGCACUGUCGUCAAAUAACAAAUGUAGGUUUAAGGUAUCUUGUUAACAAUUGUACCUUGUUGGAAACCUGUCACAUGGUCUAUUGCCCUGGUAUUACCGCUUCUGGAGUAGCCACGGUGAUAACGAGCUGCAAAAAUAUAAAGAAAGUUCUUGUAGAGAAGUGGAAAGUGAGUUCAAGGACCAAAAGGAGAGCAGGAUCCAUCAUCUCCUAUCUCUGUGUUGAUCUGUAGAUCUCUGUAACGCGUUCGUAAUUAUAUCUUGCAGCUCCAAUCAAAAGCAGCAAGGUUACAGCAGACUAUCGUUGUGUUAGCCAGUUUAAGCUGCAAAUUGCCUCGGCAUGGAAAAGGCCUAGUGUCGUGAGAGCUUGUCUUGCACUUUUCUUUAUCUGCUAUGUUCUUUCAUUUGUUUAUAUGUCUAAAUCUCACAGGAAUGUGCUAGUAGAUUGACUAUAUUGUAGAAGGUUAUUUUCUUGUUCUUGUAUUUUACUUCGUCUACUCAAGGUGUCAGGUGGUGUAACUUGUAUCCCUCCGAUGUUUUAGAACGUGUUAGUAGAUUGACUUUAUUGAUAAAAAUUGGCAAACAGCCGCUUCUUUUACCUAUUUAA